AAUUCGUGACUUUAGACAAGUUGCCAAAGACAAUCCAAGUUGAGCGUGCCUGUUCUGUUCUUCUAUUCACGACCAUUAACCAAAGCCUCUGCAGCCUAAAGCAUUCAGCCUUAGCUUUAUCUUUCUGUGUCUGUUUGUCUGUCUUUCUCUGUAUUUCCCUCUCGCUCUCUGAAAUCUUCUGCUAUAUUUUGGAGUGAUAGAGAUUGAGAGGGAGCGAGCGAACGAAUUCUCAAAAUGAAUAGUAUGGAGGUGUAUGGCGGGUUGGAGGCACAGUACAUAGGGAAGCACCACAGGCACGAGCCCCGGGAGAACCAGUGCACCUCAGCGCUCGUCAAGCACAUCAAGGCGCCUGUUCACCUCGUGUGGUCUCUGGUGAGGAGAUUUGAUCAACCCCAGAAGUACAAGCCCUUCAUUAGCAGAUGUGUGGUAAAGGAAGACUUUGGUAUUGGAAGUGUCAGAGAAGUGAAUGUUAAAUCUGGUCUUCCUGCCACAACAAGCACCGAGAGGUUAGAACUUCUCAAUGAUGAUGAGCACAUUCUUGGCAUCAAAAUUGUUGGUGGCGAUCACAGGCUGAUGAACUACUCGUCAAUCAUUACUGUUCACCCAAUAUUUAUUGAUGGAAGGCCAGGGACAAUGGUAAUUGAGUCCUUUGUGGUGGAUGUGCCUGAGGGGAACACCGAGGAUGAGACACGUUACUUCGUCCAAGCAUUGAUCAGGUGCAACCUCAAAUCUUUGGCUGAUGUCUCAGAGAGGAUGGCUGUGCAGGACCGAACUUAACCUAUCAUCAACUACUAGUGCAUCUGUGGAUGGCGCAGAUGUGUUAGGACUGAAUUUAUGCCAUCCGAGUUUUCGAUCCUGAUGCUGUCUUGAGGUUGGCGGGAGCUGUCCUUCCAUGAUCUCUAAAGUUUUGGAUACACUGCUGGCUGUUGCUUUUCCAUUUCAUGGGGACCAAUAUUAUACUUUCUUUCCUUCCUUCUGCUCUCUUGUUUGUUUGUUGGGUUACUCUUCUUCAAUGUUCGAAGGAUGGGGUUCCAAAGUUUUUGCAAGUUCUCCAUGGAUAGAUGUGGGAAAGUUGGGUUUUUUGCUGUUAUAUAUCUUGGGUUUUGUGCACGGUGGUGCUUAAUAAUGUUAUGGCUAUCUGUAAAUAGUAUUAACUACGGAUAGAGGUGCUCCGGCUCCGGGUUUUCCACGUUGUAGCUGCAGCUUAUAGGUGCGAGGAGGAUUGAUCGAGGAGAAAACCUUUGCGUAGUAGCACUCUUUUGUUUGCUUUGUAUAGGAUGUAUUCUUAAUAAAUUAUGGUAAUUUCUUUUAUGCUCUA